CUACUUAGUGACUCUCCUUGACUUAAAAAAUUAUCCACGCGCAUGCCAUCAUUUACAUAGGAUCUAUGAAAUAUGCUCGAGCUGUGAGUAGUGUGAGCCACUGUCCAUGAUUCUGCAGCACCAGCACUCUCUCUCUCUCUCUCUCUCUCUCUCUCUGAUUUGUGACUUUUUGGUGUGAAAAACCUGCAAGGCUGCAACGCUACAACGAACCAAAAUGCCUGCAUUUCUCACGCUCUGUCGCCCCUAGCUAGCCCGCCACCAUGCUUCUCCUCUACCUCUUCCUCCUCUCUCCUCUUCCUCUUCUCACUCUCUCUCUCAACCAAGAAGGUCUGUACCUUCUCCGUGUGAAGGACGGACUCGACGACCCAGAUGACUCCCUCGCCACUUGGAACUCUCGCGACGAUAAUCCCUGCAAUUGGACUGGCGUCGCUUGCGACCCGCUCACUCUCCGGGUCGACUCUGUUAACCUCUCCAACACCUUUGUCUCCGGUCCUUUCCCCUCCUUCCUCUGCCGCCUCCCUUUUCUCUCCUCCAUCUCUCUCUCGAACAACUACAUUAAUUCCUCCCUCACCGCCGACAUCGCCGCCUGUCGGACUCUACAGUACCUGGACCUCUCGCAAAACCUCCUGGUGGGUCCGAUUCCGGAGGCCCUCUCUCUAAUCCCAAAUCUCCGGUAUCUUAACCUAUCCGGAAACAACUUUUCCGGCGACAUUCCGGCGAGUUUCGGCCUUUUCCGGCGACUCGAGACGCUGGUCCUCAGCGGUAACCUUCUGAACGGAACUAUACCUUCAUUUCUCGGUGAAAUGACGAGUCUCAAGCAGCUUCAUCUCGCUUACAAUCCGUUCGCGCCGAGCCGGCUCAGUCCGGGACUCGAUAGACUAACUAAUCUCCAGGAUCUUUGGCUCAGUGGCUGUAACCUUGUGGGCGAAAUCCCGCCAAGUCUGGGCCGGCUGAAAAAGCUCAAAAACCUCGACCUGUCGACGAACGGACUGACCGGGUCGAUUCCGAGUUCGCUCACUGAGUUAACAGGUGUUAUUCAGGUUGAGCUAUAUAACAACUCGCUUUCCGGCGAGUUACCCACCGGAACGUCGAAUAUGACAGCUUUGCGUAGAUUCGACGCGUCCCAGAACCUUCUCGAAGGGGCGAUUCCGGAUGAGUUGUGCGGGUUACCCCUUGAGUCAUUGAAUUUGUAUAACAACCAUUUCGAAGGGUCUUUACCGUCCAGCAUAACUCGGUCACCAAAUUUGAACGAACUCAGACUAUUCGACAAUCGGCUCAGUGGGUCGUUGCCGAGCGAACUGGGCAAGAACUGUCCGUUACAGGUACUUGACCUUUCCGAAAAUAAGUUCUCUGGCGAAAUUCCGGCGAGCUUGUGCUCAAAUGGGACAUUAGAAGAGCUUCUAUUGAUACACAAUUCCUUUUCUGGUACUAUUCCGGCAAGUAUCGGGGAAUGCCGGAGCCUGAGGCGGCUGCGGUUACGGAAUAACCAGCUUUCCGGCGAGGUUCCCGCAAAGCUAUGGGGUCUUCCCCAUGUUUAUUUGCUCGAUCUCUCUGAAAACUCAUUAUCUGGUCAGGUCUCUAACGAUAUCACUAGUGCAGCGAACCUCUCGCUUCUUUUUAUUUCGAAAAAUCGAUUUAGCGGCUCGAUACCCCGCGAAAUUGGGUUGUUGAGCAGUCUUGUUGAAUUUUACGGCCGUGAUAAUAAGUUUACCGGUGAAAUUCUGAGUACUUUGGCUAAUUUGACACAAUUAGGAGAGCUUGAUCUUAGUAACAAUGAGUUUUCAGGCGGGAUUCCGGCAGGAAUUAAAUCUUGGAAGAAGCUCAAUGAGAUUAAUCUGGCGAACAACAGGCUCUCCGGUGAAAUACCAGAUGAAAUUGGGAGCUUACUAGUGCUCAACUAUCUAGAUCUUUCCGGGAAUUACUUUUCUGGGAAGAUCCCACUCGAAUUGCAGAACUUAAAGCUCAAUUUGUUGAAUCUGUCUAACAAUCGUCUCUCUGGAGAAAUUCCUCCUCUGUAUGCCAAAGAAAAUUACAGGAACAGCUUCUUGGGCAAUCCUGGAUUGUGCGGGGCAAUGGAUGGUCUAUGUCCUCGCAGUAGUGAGGCUAGGAAUGAGGGUUAUCUAUGGGUACUUAGAUUGAUGUUUGCGCUUGCUGGGGUAGUCUUUGUUGUUGGGAUUGUUUGGUUCUAUCGCAAGUACCAGAAAAUCAAGGAGACUAAGAAAGGACUAAUGAUGUCCAAGUGGAGAUCGUUUCACAAACUAGGUUUUAGCGAAUUUGAAGUCCUAGAUUCCCUUAGCGAAGAUAAUGUGAUUGGAAGCGGAGCUUCAGGGAAAGUGUAUAAAGCAGUUCUCAGUAGCGGCGAGGCAGUUGCUGUGAAGAAGCUAGGGGGGAACGCUUCAAAGAGGGACAAUUUCAGUGCCGAAUUGGAGAAAGAUGGGUUCGAAGCUGAAGUUGAGACUUUAGGGAAGAUCAGGCACAAGAACAUUGUGAGAUUAUGGUGUUGUUGCAACGCUGUGGACUGUAAGCUUCUGGUUUAUGAGUAUAUGCCGAAUGGGAGCUUGGGAGAUUUGCUGCAUAGCAGCAAGGGAGGCCUGUUGGAUUGGCCAACUAGGUAUAAGAUUGUUUUGGAUGCAGCGGAGGGGCUUUCUUAUCUGCAUCAUGAUUCUGUUCCUCCGAUUGUUCAUCGUGAUGUCAAAUCAAACAACAUAUUGCUGGAUGGAGAGUUUGGAGCUAAAAUUGCAGAUUUUGGAGUAGCAAAAGCUGUUCGUGAGGUUGGCAAGGGGGCAGAAUCCAUGUCUAUAAUCGCUGGAUCAUGUGGUUAUAUUGCACCAGAAUACGCAUACACUCUUCGAGUGAAUGAGAAGAGCGACAUUUACAGCUUCGGGGUAGUGAUUCUGGAGGUGGUGACAGGGAGACGCCCCAACGAUCCAGAGUUCGGGGAGAAGGGUUUGGUGAAAUGGGUGUGCACCACUUUGGACCAGAAAGGGGUGGACCAUGCGCUUGACCCAAAACUGGAUCCGACUUACAAGGAAGAAAUUUGCUGGGUUCUCAAUGUGGGUCUCUGCUGCACUAGCUCCCUGCCCAUUAACAGGCCUUCCAUGCGCAAGGUGGUGAAGAUGCUGCAGGAGGCUUCUGCAGACAAUAAGCCCAAGAAUGCCCCAAACAAGGAUGGUAAGCUUUCGCCCUACUAUGAAGACACGUCUUACCAAGGGAGCGUAGUUUAAGACCAAAAAACUGUCUGUGAAGGGUCUCCUCAUCAACAGAGAGAGAGAGAGAGAGAGAGAGAGAGAGAGUGGUGUACUUGACUAAAACAUUAAUUAAGGGGCGAGUAGUAUCAGGGCAUUGUCAACAUGAAAAGAGAAGUGCCUAUAUUAGUAAAAUUUUAAAUUGAAGAUCCCCAAGUUUGAACGGUGCACUUCCCUUGGUUUCCCCUGUUUGGUUAAAUUUCUGAAGGAGGGGGCCUACCACUGCCACGCUCUAGCAGGGCAGCUUUGUCAAUGACCACAUUGAAUGUAGUUUAUUUAUGUCAUGGGUAUGCAAGGGUUGGUGUGUGAUCGACGGGGAAGUGAUGUAGCUUGCUUGUAUUUUGUAUUAUAUCAACGUGGGUCGGGGGUUGGUGUGUCUGAAUGGGGUGGCUUCCCCCGCAGGCAUGGCAGUCUCUCGUUUAGCUAGUUUUGAGAUGGACCUGGUGGCCCAUGGCUUUGUCCUUUUCCGUUGUUUGCAGCAGCAUUUUAUAAAUAAUAAUAGAGUGAAUGGUCUCG